AUGGUCGUUAAGUUAGAUGCGCACCAGACGUCCCUGGAGCCCUUUGGAUUGCCCUGGUCCUCUUGUCACGCAUGUCAUUCGGAUGAUGAUCCGGGCCUAGGUAAUAGUAGCAGGUCGCGCUACUUUCGGGUCAGUGCAUCGGCGCCCAAUUCACCGCCAAGCGUUGUCCGGAUACUCAAGGCCGGGGUCAACGGUGGUAGUGGGAGUGAGACGAGCAGUGAAAGCAAGAGCCAGGAUCAUGCUAGUCGCAGGGUUGCUAGUUCAAGCUCUCGCUUGGCCAAGAUCCAAGUAGAGCUUCAACCGUGCAGGUCUCGGAUUUCAGCUGCAGUGUUAUCAGCGGAGGGCCGACCGAAGCCCAAGAAGGCGAACUCGGCCCCGGUAGUUUUACAAUCCCAGUCUGGAACCGGCGAUGAAGCCCAAGAAGAGCAUAGUAGUGAUGUGGCCCCAACAUCUAGGGUCAACUCACUUCAACCCCUGGUAGCAACGGCGUUAAACGCCGUAGUGUCAAAUGAAGAGGGAAGGGAAAGGACGUUAUUCUGCUUCCCCCGUGAGGCGUUCGUCCCGUCUUCCCUUGUCCUCCGGCCUCCUAAGCGCGGCCGCGCAUUGCACGAUGUUGACGGGCCCGGAACGGGUAGUCUUCCGUGUAAGAAGCGGCGAUUGCGACUGCACCUUGUAACGAGUAGGCUAUCGCAGCCAUACUCGUGGCCGGCGACGCACAUUCUGAACCGCGAAAGCGGGGACGACUCUCCCGUGCUCAACCGAUUCCUCAAGCUCGCCGCCAUUGGCUCUCUAAAGAGAGCCGGUCACCAAAGCGGGCUAAUCCGCAAGGCAGCCAUUCUCAAUAGAGUGAGGAUUGGAGUGCGGCAAGCUGCUGUGCUGAGGGGUCACACGGUGAUCGCGGGAAUGGCGGCUAGGGGAAACUCGCUGAGCCAUGGUUUACAGCUAGUGACGACGUCUAAUAGCUUAACAGGAGCCCGGUUUCCUGGCCACGCGCCUAACCCUUACGAUCACCCAAUACCUCCAGCUUGGCGACCACAUACAACAUCAUUCCAGCCCUCGUCUUUUAGUUCAAGCCCUCCAGACCGGGAAGAUUCUACGAAUCAAGAAGGUAGUCCCGAGAAAAGGAGUCCUAGCCCAGGGGCGACUUGCCCAUCUCCCCCAUCGCGACCGAGUGUGCAGUUGAACCCACCAGAUCCACCACCACUACAUGUGGAAGAAGAUGAUGUGGCCUUCCCCUCUCCAGACCUUGAGACUCGAUAUGCAGAUUUUUCGGAUGAUGAUCUAGAUGAUGUAUAUGCAGAUUUUGGGGUACUAUUUGGCUCCAGUGCGCGGUCACCUGAGGAUGGUAGUGGAAGCAGUGAAACAACUGGUGGUGAACAUUUCUAUGAGGAAUACUUGGAUGAGCUGGAUGGAAUACGAUGGAUAGCGUAA